GGCACAUUGAAUGUAUAUUGUCUUUACAUUAGUUUUCAGUUAACCCCCAAAAAUGCUCCCAGGUCGUUGCUUCAAAUAAGAUUUGGUUCUUAGUCCACUUUCCAGGUUAAAUAACAGAACAUUUAAAACAAAUUCACUGCUGUGAUGAUAGCUGCUGUGAAUUACAGUACGAAUUGCAGUAACAAGAAAAACAGGCUACAAAAGCAGCUAGGUCAUGUCUAGUGCUACUUGAUGCUUAGAGAAGAUGGGCAAUAACAGUAAUGAGCUUUUUUUGGUAUUCAAAUYCUCUGGGUCCAUCUUCAGAUUUGCAAACUACACCCAUCUGAUGGCCUUCUGGCACUUGAUUGAGCGGGCAGCAGAGACCAAGUUAAUAAGAGUCACACGCACCAAUCCAUCUGAAGCAAAUGUUACUCGAAGAAAACCGACACUGCCAUCAAGCGACGAGUUCUUCUUGUUUAUGACUCAUCUGUCGCUGGGUCUGAAGCAGAAGGAUUUUGCCCAUCGGUUCAGCCUCCACCAAUCGACAGUGAGCCGGACUAUCAUCUCUUGGGCCAACUUCCUCUACUGUCUGCUUGGAUCAGCAUGGAUAUGGAUCCCCAAGGAAACCAUCAAAGCCCACCUGCCACCUGAGUUCAAGGACUAUCCAGACACCCAGGUAGUGAUCGACUGCACUGAACUCCACUGCCAGACACCAUCUUCACUACUACUGCAGAGUGAGGUGUUUUCUUCCUACAAGUCACACUGUACCUUUAAGGGCAUGUUGGGAAUGUCACCACAUGGAGCUGUCACUUUUGUGUCAUCGUUGUAUGCUGGAUCUGUGAGUGACAAMAUCUUCAAGCAGUCUGCAAUUAUUUCCUUACUCACCCCUGACAUGGCCAUUAUGGUGGAUAAGGGCUUUCUCCUAGAUGACAUUGUUCCGUGCAAGGUCUACCGGCCAGCCUUUCUGUCAAGACGCACACAGAUCCCAGGGCAUGAGGUUAGGGAGACCCAAUCCAUUUCCAGGCUGAGAGUGCAUGUUGAAAGAAUGAUCCGCAGAGUAGAGGAGCAUAAGCUGUUUGACACAGUCAUCCCCCUGACCAUCUCAGGCAGCAUCAACCAGUUAUUUGUUGGUCAACUAUCAAAACMGACCUUUGGUCAGAGCAUGGGCCAAACCAGUGUAAAUGUACAUGUGUUUAUUUGCUAGCAGCAAAAUAAUAAUUUGUUUAUAUAUGACAUGUAUCAAUCAUUUGUGUUGUAGUGAAUAUCAGUUUGUGUGGAGCUUGUAUUGGCUUUAAUUAGGCAAUGAGUAACAGGGGUGGGGGAAAGAAAUCAAGUAAACACAGAWUAGCCAGAAUGCAAGAUUGAAUACAAUGUCAGAGAUGUGUAAUUGAUUAACUGAACUGUUGAACAUUUGCUGAAAUAUAUUUUUUAACAAAUCUAUUCUACUGUAGAUUUCUUCACAAGAACAUCAAUACUUAUUUUUCAUAAAACCACUAAACUUGGCACCCAUGCAGGGGAUCCAUUCAGGUGCGAGAUAAGACACUUCUGCAGGUAGUGGUAAAAAUAAAUGUGGUCAACCUUCUCUCUUAUAGUUUUUGAAACCUGUAGAUCUUUAUAUAUCCUUUCAACUAGGAUGUUCUCCUGUGCACAGCUGACAAAGUCACACCAGCUACAACCUGUGAGAAGGAUUUGACCUUGCACCUGCCAGUAGUAAGCAUGCGAUCUCUUCAACUUCAGCUCUCCAUUCUGUAUCUUCAGGUAAGGGCAGUCAACAUAACUUGGAACAUUUGGGCACUUGACCUCUAAGAGUCCAAAGUGUGGUCUCACACUGGGAUCAAAUAUGAUGCCYUCUGGAGAGGAUCCUAACCACGGAGCAUCUGGGUGCACUACGAAGCCACACGGAAAGAAGUUAACAUUCUUCAGUGUGCAGUACUCCUGUACAGCCACUGGCUC